AUUGGAAAGUAGAAGAAACCACUGCUUGGAUAGACAUUUGAAUCGAAGCAGAGAUUUGACGCCAAGCCUUAAAAGAAUUACCUCUAUAAGAUCCGGAGGGAAUUGGGUUUGCUGCGCUGUAUCUGAAUUACGAUUAGCUCGGCAAUGCAGGAGCCUUCCAUCAACAAAGGACGAGAGAUUACGAUUAGUUACAGGGGUCUUUUUUCUUCUUUUAGGUGUGAAGGAAGGGGAAUUGCAGAUGGUUGUGCUUAUUUCUGAAGUAAAAUUGGUUCGGCUUGGUUUAAUUUUAGGAUUAGGGUUUGGAGGAGUUGCAGGUGCUUUUCCGCUUGUCGAUUGGGGGAAGGGGUUGCAGUCGCCUGCAGACAUCUUAGGGGUGAGUUUGAACUUCGAUGUCGAAAACACACCUCUCCAUCUAAUCUAUCUAAGCUAUUAAAGGCUCUUCCAAUAACAGCCUUAAUGGGCU